AUGUCUGACUGGAUCCUCUAUAUCCAAUCAAACUUCUCCUCAGUUCCUUAGGAGGGCAGAGCAGCAGCAGCAGUGCCUCCAACUUCUCCUACACCUGGUCACUACCAUGUCCUCUACCAACGGUGUGGAGAAACCCAGGUGGGCUGGCAUAGGGAAACAUACUGCCUGGUUGGUGGCUACCUGGUCUAUGGGGAUGCUCCUGUGGCCAUCCCAGCAAAGGCUGAAGCAGAGAAGCCAGCCCCCAGAUGGGUUCCCAAGAGACGUCAAGCUCUGGCUGAGUCAGGGAGCCCAGGUUGCUUUAGCCCCAAAUUUUAGUGCUUGUAGCAUGAUGGCAGCAGGCUGACCCUGCAGAAGCUUGCUGGCUGA